CAUCACCAUAUAUAAUCAGUGAUCGAUUGCUUAGGUUUCUCGAUCGGAAGAAUGAGCGUGGCUAUCGUGAACGGCCCAACAGUCGCCGGGUUCGUCGAGGACUCGGAAGCGUUCGACGAGUGCGUGAACCAGUGGUUCGAUGCCCUGGACGCCGACGGCGACGGAGUGCUUUCGAGGGAGGAGCUCCGCCGGGGAUUCGCAGGCUUCGACGACAUACUGUCGAAGGAGGAGAUAGAGGAGCUGUACGAGACGGUGUUCGAGAGGUUUGACGGCGACGAUAACGGGGUGAUCGACCGGGACGAGUACAGGUCGCUGGUGAAGGAGUUCAUGCUGGCCAUGGCUCGCGGCAUCGGAGAUUCGCCGGUGCAGGUGGCGCUCGAGAGCGGGAGCUUGCUCACCAGGGCCGUUGAGCAUGAAGCACAGAAGAAUUCUUAA